AUGGCGACAACCACAGCAACCGCGUAUACAUCUACAACGCUAGUCAGCGUGCCUUCGACCUUUGGGACUAAUUGUCCGACCUGCGGCCAGGCGCCGGGGUCGCAGUCUCACCCCGCAGAACCCACGCGGCGCCGGGUGAAGGAGUUGGAAGGCCAGGUACAGUUUCUGAAUGAGCAGGCUGCGAAAAUGUCAGAGAAACUGCUCGAAUACGAAGCGGAAUUACGACGACUCCGUGCGCAAAGCCCAAACCAAGGCCAGAACCAGCCGUCUAGCUUCACCUCGCGAAACGGCUUCUCGAUAUCGUCUACCUCAACCUCCUCGCACUCGCCGUCGAACUCGCAGUCUCAAUCACCCCUGCAAGUCCAGCAGACCCAGAGCCGGCUCUCAUCCCUUGCCUCGCUCCUCCCCUACCGCCGUCCCAGCACAGCGUCCUCCCAGCCGCAGUCGCAGUCACAACCACCGGCAUCGCCGGGAGCGCAACAAUGCCAGCUGGCUCCGUUCACUCAAUCCCCGCCUCCGCUCUCACAACCGCGCACCGACACUCCAACACCACGCCCCUCCUUUGAAGAAACCCUCGAGCUUCAGAACGCGCUGAACCGCGAGCAGAGCCUCCGCAAGGCAGCAGAGACCCAACUUACGCAGGCAAGCACCGAGCUGGAAGAAUUGACGGCGCAGCUGUUUAGCCAGGCGAAUGAAAUGGUUGCGCAGGAGCGCAAGGCCCGGGCUAGGCUUGAGGAAAGGGUCGCGGUUUUGGAGAGACGGGAUAUUGAAAAAAGAAAUCGAUUGGAGAGAUUGGAAAAAGCAAUGGAGAGGGUUGAGCGGAUUAGGGCGUUGGUUGGGUAGGCUUUCAUUCGGUCUUGCAUUGCUCAAUAAAGCGCGCUGGAGGAGUGGAGUUGGUCUUCUUGCUUUCUGGGCUUUGAUUGAUAUAUAUACCCUGAGACUCGCUGGUUGUGCAUGAGUUUGUUUAUUUUUAUCUGCGAUGGACGGGAUUUAUGAGUUACGAUUACGUGCAUGGUUAUGGAUGGAUACGGAUAUGAAUACCUGGGCUCAAUUUUUCUCGUUUUGUUAUGGAUUCAGGCGUUAUAUACUCCUAGCUGUUGAUUAUAUAUCAUUAAAGAACCCU